UUGGGACCGGGAAAAGGGGGUGCUGGACGGCGCGCUGGCAGCCAGAGUGGGGCCCUGACGCGAGAUUCGGGGGCACCGAGGGCCCCAGGCCGGUUUGAGUCGUGGAUCGGACUCUUGAACCGAGACACGGGGUCUUUGGGGCCGGGGCUGGGGUCGGGAGAGGGAGUGAAGGCGCUGAGAUUGGCUUGGUAAGGGCGGAGGUGACUGCCGUUGAGUCUCCUAAGGACUCUAGGGAACCAAAGCAGGUAGAUUAGGCAUGGGUUUGGGAAGGUUUUGAAGGGAAUGGUUGGAAAAUCGUAGGGGCACUGAAGCCAGUAAAAGCGGAUCGGAUCUGGGGACUAGCUCGAGUUGUCGGACCGUUCAAAGAUGGGCUUGUGGGAAGCAGAGAUCUGUAGCUAAGUCUCGGUUGGGAUUCUGAGAGGGGUUCUCGAAGUUCAGAGGCUCCGGAUCACAGACAGCAAGGGUGAGGUGGGAAGGGGCCCAGUGAAUGCCGGCUCUCCAAAAGGCCCUUUCCCGUGAAAGUGGCUUUAGGAGAGUUGACUCAAGAGUUCCUUCCUUUGGUUCUGUGAACGGUCUGUGAGUAGCAAGAGGAUCCCUUUCCCCAAGCAUCCUGGCCUUCGUGUAAAGAAAGGAUUGAGGGAAUUCUAGUAUGGCUGGCUCUGCCCCACGGCUGUCUUGCCCACCUCUCUGGGCUCCUUCUGGCAACAGAGUUAAAGGGGGCUGGGAGCUGACUGCUGACCCCCCCUUUCUCGAUAGUCCAAAGCCAGCCCAGCCUCUGGAAGGCAUGCGCCCGCCCUUGUUUCUGGUUAUCUUCCUCCACACCUCGCCUGUGGUUUGCUUUGAGGAGCGACUGACUUCACCCUUGCAGAUCUGCCCUGAGUACUUCCCCUUUUCCUUCUCUCCCAACUGGUCCUGACAUUGACGCUAGAAUCGGGAGCUGUCUGAUCUCUGGCCCACUCACUACCUCCUUUGUCUGGGAAGUCUGAGCUUCUCUAAGCCUGCUUUGCCUCCUGCCAGAAGCUGGUAUAGGGGGGCUUUUUUUGGCUUGCUUUCCGAAGAGGAAUUGUACAGCACCCAGCCGGCUCCCUUCCAAGGGGGCUUGUAAGAAGGUUGUACAUUCAGAAUCCCUGGAAAACCCUCAGCAGAUCAUUGUCUGCCGCUACAGAGGGACCACUGUAGUAAGAUGGUAUCAGUGUUUCCAUUAAUACAACCCCUUGUAUUCACGGGCUUUGCAGCUUGGCACAUAGACCGUUGCCCUGAGAUGCAAUUUACCCAGUUUGUGGUUCCCAUGUGGCACUGUCCAUUUUCAGAGAAUAAUAAGAGACCAAAAAAAAAAAAAAAAAAAAAAAAGGCUCCAUCUCUCUUGACUGAAUGAGAAUUCCGUGCCUUGCACAAGAAAGGACAAUCCUUGCUUGGCUUCUCGGCGGUUUCUGAGAGACGUUUUGUUGACUGCGUGCGGAGUGUCUUUCUAGCUUAAUAAUAAAAUGAUAGGUGUGUUUCUCAGCAUGUGGUCCUGCCUGCAGGCUGCCACUCUGCUGUCUGUGACUAUUCAGUUCCAGUGAGAACAGCUACUGGAAGUCCGUUAAGUGGAACGUUUAAUAGCUUAAACUCUUGCUCAGCGGAGAUCGGUGGGGAGCGAGUCAAAUGGCCUGUGACUCCAACCUCCCCCUCCUCCCCCUAGAAACCUAGAGAUCGGUUUGCUGUUGAUGUUUUUGUUCUGUUUUUGAGACAGGGUUCCUCUGUGAGGCCGUGGCUGUCCUGGGACUCAGUCUGUAGACCAGGUUGGCUUUGAAUGCACGGAGGUCCACCUGGUUCUGCCUCCCCGGGUGCUGAGAUUAAAAGGCAUGCUUCCAUCCCUGGCUUAUAACUGGAGAUUAUUCAAAGAAGAGAAGGGCACAGGAGACCUCAUAGUGUUACUGAAGUUACUUAGCAGUACUUUGUCUCUGACUGUGUCCAGCUUUUAAAACAGGGAGGCAGAUGCUCGUUCACAGCCAACCACUGGACUGAGCACAGGGUCCCCAAUGGAGGAGUUAGAGAAAGGACGGAAGGAGUUGAAGGGGUUUGCAACCUAUAGGAAGAACAAUAUCAAGCAACCAGACCCCUCAGGGCUCCCAGGGAGUAAACCACCAACCAGAGUCCACAUGGAGGGACCCCAUGGCUCCAGCCGCAUAUGUAGCAGAGGAUGGCAUUGUCAGGCACCAAUGGGAGGAGAGGCCCUUGGUCCUGGGAAGGCUUGAUGCCCCAGUGUAGCCAAAUGCCAGGCUGGGGUGACAGGAGUGGAUGGGUGGGUGGGUGGGGAGUACCCUCAUGGAAGAGGGGGAGGGAGGAUGGGAUAGGUGGUUUCCAGAGAGGAAAUCAGGAAAGGGGAUAUCAUUUGAAAUGUAAGUAAAUAAAACAUCCAAUUAAAAAAAAUAAAGAGACAUAGAAUGAAAGAAAAAAAAAAAAACCAGGGAAGCAACUUGAAAACCAAAACACCUGGUCUGCACACCCGUUGUCCUAGUUAUGGACAGUGUUUUCUAAAGGAAUGGGUGGGGCUCUGACAGCGGUUUUUAUUUUAUUUUUUGGUUGUGAAAGUUUCCCUCCCCUGGCCAUGUCGCACGUUUGUUUAUUUUGGGAUGGUUUCAAGAGAGAGAAGAGGAGUCUGUGAACCAUCCUGAACCAUCCACUCCUGACCAAAUGAGUGGAAUGCACCUUUAUCUGGCCACAUGAACCCCAUUGACUGGCAAGGCACUGCCAUAAAAGGAACGGUUGCUUGGGGGAUUAGGCAAGUACACCAGAGCGCUUGGGUCACUUCUCCCUGUAUGUCUUCUAUGGAAAUGCUGGUCUGCAGGCUAACGGUUUCAGAGAAUUCAAAUUCUACAGCUUUGUUCCUGUGGGAAUCAAAGUGCCAGCACACAGAACUGUGGAGAGGGAGCCUGAAAAGACAGUGUUUUGUGGAGAGCGAAGAACUCUGGCCUGGAAGAAGCGGCUUCCUUGAGGCCUGUUGGGCUGUGACUUGUGUGUGACUGCAGCCACUGCUCCAGUCAUAAUGGCUCAUUGACAUGGAGCGCUAGCCUGGGACUCCUUUGGAACACGCAGGCUGAAUCAUUGCUGGUGGGAGUCUGGUUUUCAGAAGCCAAGAAUUCGAACUUGUUGAGGUUAGGCAGUGGGGUCUCACUCCGUAGCCCUGGCUGUCCUGGAACUGACUAUAAACCAGGCUGGCCUCAAACUCAGAGCUCCUCCUCCUUUUGCCUCCUGAGUGCUGGGAUUAAAGGUGUGAGCCAUCACACCUGGGUUUUCCUUUUUUAACAGUAAUGCUACAGUCUUAAUAGAAGACGAUUGGUAAGAGUCACGUGACUGGGUCACUGCCUUUAAGUUACUUAAAGUCUGUGCCCUUCAGUUUUUUCAUCCUUUAGAGAAUGGUGGUGGUGCCUACCUUUUUAGGGUUUUAUGCAACCCAGAGGGAGUGGUCCCCAGAGGCCACACACACACACACACACACACACCUGUUUCUUAGAGCUAUUCUGAGCUGAUAGAUUGAAACAGCUGGACUGUCACAAACUUGAGACCAGACUGGGCUCGAUUGUGUUGGUCUCAGAACCCCACUCCAGCAUCAACACCCAUAUGUACACAAAACAAACUCAGCCAGGCGUGGUGGUACAGGCAGGCCCUUUAAUCCUAGCACGUGGGAGGAGGCAGGGGCAGGGGCAGAGGCAGAGGCAGAGGCAGAGGCAGGUGGAUCUACCUAGGUCAACCUGAUCUACAAAAUGAAUUCCAGGGUAGUCAGAGCUAUGCAGGGAGACCCUGUCCCAACCCCUGUGUCAUCUUCCCAUCCCUGUCCCCACCUCCCCACCCACCCACACCACCGUCUCUAAAACAUGAAAGAGACUAGGGUCUGAGCCCAGGCGGACUCACUACCCCUCCCGUCACCCAAGCAUAAACUUCAACGUAGAGUUCUCCAGCUCCCUUAGUCACAGACAUGAUCCGUGUCCCUUAGCCUCUUCAUCUGUGUCACCUGUGGCAUUUGAUACUCAUGUUAUAAUCUGCUCACUUCCUGUGGCCCCGUGGCUUCAUUCUGUCACAUGUGUGUUUUCCACACCGGCCAGCAUGAUGUGAGCAGUGCCCUGGCUUCAGUGAAUGAAGAGUGGCCUGGAUUGAGUGCGGAAGAGGGGCGCCUGUAGGUGGAAAGGGAGAAAUAAGACCCUGUUGGAAUAUGAGGCUCCAGCAGGGUCCCUCCCGGACAGGAUCAAGUGUGUGCAGCUCUGGAGCUCCUCCAGAACUAUCUGAGUGAGGCUGUGACUUCAGCCAAGCUUCCCCAGUGCUUGGAAAUCAAAGGGACUAUAAAGUUUGCAUGACUACCAGGUAAUUAGUGUGUGGUCAGAGGUGCCAUCAAAUAAUUGGAAGAAGUUCCGGGAAUUGAGUGGCCCCGUUUCAGACUGGCCUGAGGCGGAACCUGGAGUGACCGUUUGCACCUGAUCUGCAGUGGCUGUGCCCCGAGCUAGGGAAGGCCAGCUGUGUUGUUCACGAGGCCCCUCCUGCAGUAUUUGGAGUAGAUGUUGCCAUGGGGAUUUGUGCCGGGCACACAGUACAAGGUUAUCCGCAGACUCGGUGACAGUUGACCAGGCAGCCACUGGCGCCGAGAGCGUGCUGAGACCAGAGUUGUAUUUGGCUGUUUCCUUCCUGGCCGUCACUUGGAAGAGCUUCCCUUACCAGCAGGACAAAGGCAGAGGCAAAGCUCAUUGUUGGAUGUCUUCACGGAGAAUGGAAUUUGAGGUGUGAUGUGUGAUGUACUUGGGUCUCUUGUCUCUAGGGUACAUGACUAACUCUCACUUCGCAAACUCACUUGGCUCAGAGCGUGCUGUAUACACCAGGCUGGCCUCAAACUCACAUUCCUGCCCCUGCCUCCCAAGCUGACGUUAAAAGCAUGCACCACAACCCCUGAUGUAAAAUUGUUCAUCUUAUUUACAUGUGUGCCUGUGUGGAAGUCCUCGGACAGCCUAGUGGGAGUUGGGUCUCCUCCCUGUAGGUCCCAGCGAUUGAAGUCGGAUUGCUGUCCUGUUGACAUGCUAAGCCAUCUGGCUGGCCAGAUGCGUCUUUCAAAUCAAAGCUUCCGUUAUCUCCAAGGGUUAGCGAAUGGCCUCUUGAGGUUUUGUUCGUGUCCAUAGCCCAGUGCCCCGCAUGGUGAAGGGACAUGGUAGUGCCACAGCCGGUUUUCUUCGUGUGCGCAUAGCUGAGUUUAAGGAGGUUUGAUCAUUACUCAACCCUUGUGGAGAACCUGCUCCCUCUGGGGAUGUGAAACUUGUAAAGCCACAGCUUUCUUUUUCUUUCUCCCUUUUUCUUUUUCGUGGGGCUGGGGGAUAGAACCCAGUGCCUUGCCAAAAUGAGACAGUCAACCACUAAACCGGACCCUGAGCCCCAGGUUUUUCUCUUUUUGGAUGGUGCUGGUAUACACAACUAAAUCCACAAGACAAGCUUCAAGGACCGGAACAUAGCACACAGGGGAGACCCAGGAAGCCUUUGGGGCCUGGGAGAAGGUCACAGUGUUUCCUGGAGCAGAGAGUGACUCAGCUGGGAUUCAGAGGUUGAGGUGUGGGUAAUCAGGUGAUGAGGGAGUGGGCUCCAGGGUCUUGGGUGGACUGCGGGAACAAAGACUCCCUCCAGCAGGUUCUGGAGCACCGCAGGCACAGCGAUACACUCACAUGCUUAAGGGGCCAGUGCUAGGCUGAUGCUCGAGGCAGGCAGCACCAGAUGGCCUUAAAGGCCACCAGGGUGAGGAGCUUGGCCUGAUCCUCUGGGCCACUACGGGAUUUAAGCCAGCGAGUGCUGCGGUUGGCUGCCCUUGACAUUUAUGUAGAUGGUUCUGGUGUGGGAGUGUGAGGGGGGGCGAAUUAGAGGGGGGAUAAGAUUGGGAAAAAUGAAGAUCAGUUAGGAGGCUGAGAAAUAGAAGUGAGCCUGUAGCAGUGGGCCGGAGGCUGAGACCCAGCUGAGCCACUGGGUCUCACUGCCCAGAUGGAAUCAUAGUGAACUGGUCGUGUGUUUGCUGCACGUUAUAGAGGGAUAUAGUGGAAAGCUAGUAAAUCUGUGUGUGUGUGUGUCGGUGUGUGUGUGUGUCGGUGUGUGUAUAUGUGUCUGUGUGGUGUGUGUGUGUGUGUCUGUCUGUGUAUGUGUGUGUCUGUCUGUGUAUGUGUGUGUAUAUGUGUCUGUGUGGUGUGUGUGUGUGUCUGUGUAUGUGUGUGUGUAUGUGUCUGUGUGGUAUGUGUCUGUGUGUGGUGUGGUGUAUAUGUGUGCUUGUCUGUGUGUGUAUAUGUGUCUGUGUGGUGUGUGUGUGUGUCUGUCUGUGUAUGUGUGUGUGUCUGUGUCUGUGUGGUGUGUGUCUGUGUGUGGUGUGGUGUAUGUGUGUGCCUGUCUGUGUGUGUAUAUGUGUCCGUGUGGUGUGUGUGUGUGUGUGUGUGUGUCUGUGUCUGUGUCUGUGUGGUGUGUGUCUGUGUGUGGUGUGGUGUAUGUGUGUGCCUGUGUGUGUAUAUGUGUCCGUGUGGUGUGUGUGUGUGUGUGUCUGUGUGUGUGUGUCUGUGUGUGGUGUGGUGUAUGUGUGUGCCUGUCUGUGUGUGUAUAUGUGUCCGUGUGGUGUGUGUGUGUGUGUGUGUGUGUCUGUGUCUGUGUCUGUGUGGUGUGUGUCUGUGUGUGGUGUGGUGUAUGUGUGUGCCUGUGUGUGUAUAUGUGUCCGUGUGGUGUGUGUGUGUGUGUCUGUGUGUGUGUAUGUGUCUGUGUGGUGUGUGUCUGUGUGUGGUGUGGUGUAUAUGUGUGCCUGUCUGUGUGUGUAUAUGUGUCUGUGUGGUGUGUGUGUGUGUCUGUCUGUGUAUGUGUGUGUGUCUGUGUCUGUGUGGUGUGUGUCUGUGUGUGGUGUGGUGUAUGUGUGUGCCUGUCUGUGUGUGUAUAUGUGUCCGUGUGGUGUGUGUGUGUGUCUGUGUCUGUGUCUGUGUGGUGUGUGUCUGUGUGUGGUGUGGUGUAUGUGUGUACCUGUGUGUGUAUAUGUGUCCAUGUGGUGUGUGUGUGUGUGUGUCUGUGUCUGUGUGGUGUGGUGUGUGUCUGUCUGUGUAUGUGUGUGUGUAUGUGUCUGUGGUGUGUGUGUGUAUGUGUUCAGCAAGAAAAGGACAAGAAAAAAGAUAGUAUUAAGUUUUAAAAACUACAAAAACUGGGACGUCAACCAUAUGUAUAUCUGUGUGUAUUUUCCUUUUUUGGUGACAGCAGGAUGAUGAUAGCAUCUUGCUAUGUAGCCCAGGCUAGCCUCAAACCCGUGCUCCCCUGCCUCAGACUCUGAAGCACUAGGACUACAAGGCGUAGCUCUCAUAUGUGGGAAGAAGUGGGGAGACAGACAGCUCGCUCACUGUUGACAGAGUAGCAUCAACAAUAGCAUCCUAAAACUGGCACGUGUCAUCUGCCCGUUACUCUAGCUGUGGGGAGCUCAGGUAGGCGCAGGAGUUAAGGCUAGCCAGGGUGACAUAGUUGAGACUUUUUACUCAAUAAAGGAAAAGCAGCUGGGGUUGGGGAUUUAGCUCAGUGGUAGAGCGCUUAAGGCCCUGGGUUCGGUUCCCAGCUCUGAAAAAAAGAAAAAAAAAAAAAAAAGGAAAAGCAGCUGCAUUUCAGAUGGCAUUCAUUUAGUCCCCAGUACUGGAUAGACACCCAGUGUGCAGAGGCUCUGUGGUCCUAGCACGUGGGAGCCGGAGGAAGGCAUCGUAUGUAGUUAUCCCAAGGAUUAAAUAAGCUAGCCGGUAUAAGUCAGUGUGGUGUCUGGCAGUAAUAAAACGGUGAGCAGACAAGGCUUUUGGUUAACACAACAAUGUGAGGCCAUUUGAGCUGACAGACAUUUUCUCAGACAUUAAUUCUUGGAAUUUUAAUUCUCCGUGGUCAUUGCACAGCUCCCAGCCAUGGACGUUGGGAAAAUGGUGGUUAAUGGGCUGAGGGGUGGGGGAGCUGCUUGGUUUCUUCCUGGCAGGGUGGAGGGAGGGGCCUUGAGGGGUUGGGGGUGUGAGAUGAAGUUCUGGAGGCUGUGUACCUGCAUGCAGCAUUCUGAUUUUCUAGAAUAGUACACGCCUGGGGCCUCCUGUGGGAUAGAUGCCAUCUGCUGCUGCUGCUAAAGGGUCCUUGGGUAUCAGUGGGAGCACAGUAGUUGUUGGGUGUCCAGAAUGAGUUCUGGGGCAUGGCGGAAGGCCUUGUGAGUUUUAUGGACUGUUCCAGGAGAUGGUACCCCCCCAGGAGUCGGUCUGUCUUUUCAGCAUGUGGAUCCCAGGAUUUGAGUUCAGAUGGGCAGGGUUGGCAAGCCAUGCCACCGGUCCCCACAGCAUGAUUUUCAGUGUCUACUUGACAUCUUAUCUGUGUCUUUGUCCUCAAUUCUGAGUACUCAGGUAAUCCAUCAUAAAUUCCGUUAAAUGACCUUACUGCUUUUUUUUUACCCCAGUGGGUUAGUGUUGGGACCGCAGUGAUGGACUUAGUGUAGAGGGACCUGUCUUUCAGUCAUUGAGGGUGUGAACCAAAGGCACUUGUGGACCCUGGCCCUGCUAAUACUUUUCUUGUGUGUCCCCCCUCCCUCCCACCGUGCCCCCUGCCUUUGCCAUCUGGUCCUCCCACCAGAGGGCCGGGUAAGCCCUGUUAGGGACUAGAGCCACACAACUGAGAGCCAAAACAAAGCCCCUCUUUCUAAGCUGAUUAACUCCGGUAUUUUGUUAUAGUGAUGGAAAUCAGGAAUCUGGAUGGCUUAGGCAUCUGGUUCCCUGCAUGAGAUAGCUAGGGUUUUGUUAAAAAACUUAAGUAGAAUUAUCUAGAGAGCAAUAGUUUCUCUUUUGACUCAUUUUCUUCUUUUCUAACUACAAGAGGAAAAAAAAAAAACCUCUUGAUUAGAAUAGGAUUUUUCUCCUUUAUAACGAAGUGAGAGUAAUGAAAGUCGUGAAAGAAAGUUUAUUAAACUGAAGUCGGAGUGGGGUUAGAAAGGUCAUGUGAAGAUGUGUAUUAAAGAUAAGGAGGAAACAUCAGAAGACACACAACCCAGAGCCCAUCGGGAUGGGGCACAUUUCCAUCGCACUUCAUACAGACCAAGCUGAAAGACGCCCCCACAUGAACCUCUUGAAGUCGUGGAUAAGAGGAAAGAGAGCCUAAGAAACCUCAGCUGCUUUGGUGGUUGGCCUCAAACAGAAACCACUAAGAAAGCACAGGUCCAGGGGCACGCGGUGGCCUCCCUCACAUUCCCAUUGCGAGAGGCUGAGAGAAGGUUCACUUGAACCCAUGAGUUUAAGACCACUCUGGGCAGCAUGGAAGACCUGCCCCCCACAAAAGAGAAAAAUAAACUUAAAAGUUGGGGUUUAGGAAUUCUCUUUGGUAAGCUGAAUUUGGGGGGGGGGGCAUGCGGACAAGGGGAGAGGAAGUCUUCAGUUUUAAAAUUACCACAGAAGACCAAGAUCUUUCCACUGAACUCAGUGUUCCAGUAAUUCCAGUAAUUCUGUAUCCGCCUCCCUUUGCCAUUAACAGAAGUGACUGGGCACCAGUGAGAUUGCCCAAUGAGUAACGGCCAUUGGCAACCUGAAUUUGGUCCCCAGAACCCAUGUGGUAGAAACAGAGAACUGAGUCCCAUAAGUUAUCCUCGGACCACGGGUAUGUCCUAGCUCAUGAAUAUCCAUUAUGGCAUGGCUUGUGCCAACGUGAUGUCCCCAUCCGUUUGCAUUUCUAUCUGUUCAGCACAUGCACACACAUGCACUCGCACACAUACACACUCACAAGCAUUAAAAGCUUUUAAGAGAGACUAAACGAGGGGUUGGGGAUUUAGCUCAGUGGUAGAGCUCUUGCCUAGCAAGCGCAAGGCCCUGGGUUCGGUCCCCAGCUCCAAAAGAAAAAAAAAAGAAAAGAAAAAAAAGAGAGAGAGACUAAACGAGGCAUGGUAACGUGCCUGUCAUCCCAAUACUUGGGAGACUGAUGCAGGAAGAUCAUUUGAGCUCAGAUGUUUAAGACCAGGUGUGCAGUGACAUAUCAUUUAAAAGUAAGUAUACACACACACACACACACACACACACACACAUACAUACAUACAUACAAACUCCAGACACACAUACGUACACACACACACUCCCGGACUUACGGGGCAGAGGCAGGCUCAGGCGGAUUUAUGUGAGCUCAAGGCCAGCUUGGUCUGAGUGAGUUCUGGGACAGUCAGGGCUAUGCAGAGAAACCCUGUCUCAAAAAAAAAAAAAAAAAAAACAAAAAAACAAAACAAAACAAAAUAACCAGUAUGAUGCCCCAACCUCUCCUUAUGCUGAACCUUGCCUUUCUGCCGCUCCCUAGCCACAUGCUAAUCAAGGGCCAAAUGUGUUUGCUUUCAGACCUCUUCAUUCUGGGUUUAUUUGCUUAGAAAUUAUGUAAUACUCUCCAGCUGGCGUACUGUGAGUGGAAGGAAGAGGGCUGCUUCUGUGAAGGCCAAGCCGUGAGCUUUAGAAAGCACCAAUAUAAAGUAUUUCACUAGGAAAGACCCAGAGCCUUGCUGGAGAGUGCAGUGUGGGCUAGACCGACCAGUCAGAGCAUCCCGGCUUCUGCUCUCACAGUUCCUCAUGUGACCGCCCCCGUAAAACUGAAGUGGAGGGGGCAGAGAGAUAAGGGCUGUGGGUAACAUCACUCCUUUCUCCUGCAGAGGACCUGAGUUCCGUUUUCAGUACGCACGUGACAGCUCAGAACUGUCUCUGACCCCAGUUGCAGGGGAUCCAAUGCUCUUUUAUGGUCUCUGUGGCUUGAUCAGUUUAUUUGAAUUUUAGGAAGUAAGUCUUCUAGGAGACAGUGAGCCCUAACAGGACCGGGACACCGGCAAACUGUGUGUCCCAGAAUUGACAUCAUUUCUUCUCUGGGACUGGUCGUACUGUUCGCAAGCCUCCACACUUGUGUUUCUUGCAAGCUCUGAUCUUCCUGUGAGCGGCACUCCCAGGCCUUAGCCGCGUGGCCAGCUCUGUGCCAAUUGGACGGAGUUUAGAGGCCACCACCUGUUCCUUUCUGAGAAAGUAGCUUCCAUCCCAGCAA